UGGGUGACGGCGCUCGGUCCUGCAGCGUGUAAAGCGAAGGCGAUGAGCUGCAGACUGUGGAGUGAUCGCCAGCGGCCGGAUAUCUUCAUGGACGGGGAUUUUGUGAUCGGAGGCAUUUUUACGCUUCAUCAUUACACAAGCUCUGAUCAGGUUACCUACACCAAGCUGCCAGCUCAGAUCCAGUGCACUGGCAUGGACUUCAGGGAGCUGCGCUUUGCUCGUGCCAUGGAGUUCACCAUACGUCAGAUCAACAACAGAACCGACCUCCUGCCUGGCAUCACGUUGGGCUACGAGAUACACGAUUCGUGCUCUACGGUGCCGAAGGCGAUCAAAGUGGCGUUUCAGCUUGCAAAUGGUUUCGAACCCGUUCUAAAUGACACUGAUUCUUGUUCAACAUUUUCAGCUGCUGUGACUGCCGUCAUCGGAGAUUCUGCUUCCACGCAGUCGCUCAGCAUAGCCAGGAUGCUCGGUCGCUUCGGAAUUCCACAGGUGAGCCACUCGUCUACCUGCUCCUGUCUGAGCGAUAAAGCUCAGUACCCUGCCUUCUUCAGGACCAUACCCAGUGACCAACACCAAGCGGCCGCACUGGCACGACUGGUCAAACACUUCGGCUGGACGUGGAUCGGAGCGGUGCGCAGCGACUCGGACUACGGAAAUUACGGCAUGGCAGCGUUCCUCAAAGCCGCGCAGGCGGAGGGGAUCUGCGUGGAGUAUUCAGAGUCCUACUACAGGACACAACCCCGCAGUAAACUGGAGCGAGUAGCCAACGUGAUCCGCAGGUCAACCGCCCGCAUCAUCGUGGCGUUUGUUUCCUCAGGUGACAUGAAGCUUCUCUUGGAGGAACUUCUCCGACAUCUGCUGCCUCCUCUUCAGUGGAUAGGAAGCGAAACCUGGAUCACAGAUCCUAAUUUCUUGAAAUAUAACAUGUGUGCCGGGGCGAUAGGGUUUGGCGUCCCGAAGUCUGUUAUUCCAGGACUUCGUGAGUUUCUGCUGGAUCUCAGUCUAGGCGAGGCUUUAAAAUCGCCUCUGUUAACAGAAUUUUGGGAGAGCUCGUUCAGCUGUAAGCUCAAAGGGCAGACGAGCAUCUCUGAGGGCACACGGGUUUGUAAUGGUAGUGAAGACAUAAAAACACUGCAGAAUGCGUACACUGAUACAUCUCAGCUGCGCAUCACUAACAUGGUGUACAAAGCCACGUAUGCCAUAGCGUACGCCCUUCAUGAUCUUGUUUGUACUGACACACAGUGCGACAAAAAGACUGAAUUUUCACCCUGGCAGGUUCUUGAUCAGCUCAGAAAAGUCAACUUCACGACCAGGAAUGGAUUUCAGGUCACGUUUGAUUCCAACGGAGACCCUCCAGCCCUCUAUGAGCUUAUAAACUGGCAGGUGAAGGCAGACGGGGCUUUAAUAUUUGUGACUGUGGGUCAAUACGACUCGUCCAGGCCGAGAGGACAGGAGUUCAUCAUGAGCAGAAAUAUCAGCUGGGUGGGAGGACAGUAUCAGGUCCCGGUGUCGGUGUGCAGUGAGAGCUGUCCCCCAGGAACCAGGAAGGCCGUCCAGAAGCGACGACCUGUUUGCUGUUUUGAUUGUAUACCCUGCGCUGAAGGAGAGAUCAGCAACAAGACAGACUCUUUAGAUUGUUUGCACUGCCCUCCUGAGUUGUGGCCCAAUUCUAAGCGAGACAGCUGCCUCCCCAAACCCGUCGAGUUCCUGUCCUGGGAUGAAACUCUUGGCAUCAUCCUGACUGUGUUCUCCAUCGUGGGGGCCGUCAUGGCUGUAUUUGUGGCGACGAUCUUCUACAAACACAGGAUGUCCCCGAUAGUCAAAGCCAACAACUCUGAGCUGAGCUUCCUGCUGCUCUUCUCUCUGACUCUGUGUUUCCUCUGUUCACUUACUUUCAUCGGUCGACCCUCGGAGUGGUCCUGCAUGCUGCGCCACACAGCGUUCGGGAUCACCUUCGUCCUCUGCAUCUCCUGUGUUCUGGGGAAAACAAUAGUGGUGUUGAUGGCGUUUAGGGCGACACUUCCGGGCAGUAACGUCAUGAAAUGGUUUGGGCCUCCACAGCAGAGACUCAGUGUUGUUACCUUCACGAUCAUUCAGGUCAUUAUUUGUGUGUGUUGGUUAAAAAUCUCCCCUCCGUUCCCCUUCAAAAAUUUAAAACACUACAAAGAAAGAAUCAUAUUAGAAUGUGGAUUAGGAUCAGCUGUGGGUUUCUGGGCUGUUCUGGGUUAUAUCGGGAUUUUGGCUCUUCUGUGUUUUGUUUUGGCUUUUUUAGCUAGAAAACUUCCAGAUCAGUUUAAUGAAGCUAAAUUUAUCACCUUCAGCAUGUUGAUAUUCUGUGCAGUUUGGAUCACUUUUAUUCCAGCGUAUGUCAGUUCACCUGGUAAAUUUACUGUUGCUGUGGAGAUUUUUGCUAUUUUAGCAUCAAGUUUUGGUCUGAUUGUUUGUAUUUUUGCUCCUAAAUGUUUUAUAAUCAUUUUUAGGCCGGAGCAGAACACCAAGAAGCACCUCAUGGGGAAAACAUAG